GCUGUGCGCCACGCAGGGCUGUUCCCUCCUGGUCCGGAUUUACAACUGCCACCGUUGGUCUCCGCUUGCCUCUGCCGGCCAGGUCGGCGCUCCCCGGGUCUCCUACUCCCCAAGCUGCCCUUGGCCUUUCUCAUUUUAUCUAUCUCGGAGGUGCUGGGAAAGCUGAGGAGAAUCAGACCAGCUCCAGGUUCCCUCUCCCCAGCGUCCCCCAUGUCCCCUGCCACCAGCAGGAGAGGAAACGGCCACAUGGUCCAGAGAGCCCUGCUCCCACCCCUGCUGCUCCUGUCACUGUUGAUCCCAGGCUCGUGGGCUGUGCCAGAGGCACAGCCACUUCACCGAGUGGCGGGGCAGACGCUUUCUGUGACAUGCCAGUACCCCCCCAAGGGCUGGCCCUACGAGAGGAAGAGCUGGUGUAAGGAGUUAUCGGCGGUCAAGUGCACCAGGUUAGUCACCAGCUCCGGUCCCCGCAGGCUGGCUCAGGCCUCUCGAUUCUCAAUCUGGGACAACCCUAGCACCGGCCUCUUCAUUGUCACCAUGACUGGGCUGAAGGAGGAAGAUUCAGGACACUACUGGUGUAGAAUUUACCAUGCUUCCGACAGCUCUGUCUCUAAGUCCAUAAGGUUCUAUCUGACGGUGUCUCCAGCUUCCGCCUCCACGCAGGCCACCCGGACUUCCCGUGACCUGAUCUCAUCACAGACCCAGAGCUGUGUGUCCUCCACUGGAAGAGCCAGAGAGGCCCCCAGGGCUUCCUCUGCCAUCACUGCCCCUUCACAGCAACAAAACUGCACCCUCCACUGUCACCCUGCAGCCCCCGACGCUCUGGUCUCCGUGCUCUGUGGACUCCUUCUGGCCAAGAGUGUGGUGUUGUCAGCCCUGCUUGUCUGGUGAGUGGGUUUGGGUUGGGCUUGGGAGAGAAUGAAGCAGGGAGGGGCUUCCGUCCCUGGACAGAUGGUCAGACAGGGAAUCAGCCAGUGAACACAGAGGCAAGAAAAAUGAUCCCCAGCAGGGCUGUCCAAAUUAGACCCUCGCUGACUGCCUGCUCACCACAGGAUCACCUUUGUCUUUCCAAAACUCAGAUGCUUUGUCCACAUGUUUCCGCCUGUUUUCUCCUCCCCUCUUCUC